CGCUUCCGGUGGCGGCGGUGCCCGCGAUGGCGGCGCCCGGUGGGGCCCGGGCCGUGGCCGUGGCUGGAACCGGAACCGGGCGGGUUUAGCUCCGGGACCCGGCCAUGGGCAACGUGCUGGGCCCCGCCGCCCCCCGCGCCCCGCGCCGGGGGGAGCCGCUCGGGAGCCCCGGGAGCUUCGAUGAGCUGCACCGGCAGUGCAAAGAGGUGUUCCCGCAGCAGAUGGAGGGGGUGAAGCUUUUGGUCACCAAGACCCUGAGCAGCCACUUCCAGGUGACCCACACCAUUCACAUGAGCACGUUGGGACCCUCCGGUUACCGCUUCAACGCCACCUUCGUGGGUGACCGGCAGCUCAGCCCCACCGAGGCCUUCCCCACGCUGGUUGGGGACAUGGACAGCGCCGGCAGCCUCAACGCCCAAGUGCUGCACCUCAUCGCCGAGCGCAUCCGCACCAAAGCCGUCUUCCAGACCCACCAGGCCAAGUUCGUGACGUGGCAGUUCGACGGCGAGUACCGGGGCGACGACUGCACCGCCACCCUCACGCUGGGUAACCCCGACCUGCUCGGCGGCUCCGUGAUCCUGGUGGCCCAUUUCCUGCAGAGCAUCACCCCACGCCUGGUGCUGGGGGGGGAGAUGGUUUAUCACCGGCGGCCGGGCGAGGAAGGAGCCAUCCUCACGCUGGCGGGGAAAUACACGGCUCAGAAGUGGGUCGCGACGCUGAACGUGGGCUACGGCGGAGCCCAUGCCAGCUACUACCACCGCGCCAACGAGCAGGUACAGGUCGGGGUGGAGCUGGAGGCCAACACACGGCUGCAGGAAACCACCUUUGCCUUUGGCUACCAGCUCAACCUGCCCCAAGCCAACAUGGUGUUCAGAGGGCUCGUGGACAGUAACUGGAGCGUCGGGGGGGUGCUGGAGAAGAAGCUGCCCCCCCUGCCCGUCACCCUGGCUCUGGGCGCCUUCCUCAACCACUGGAAGAACCGUUUCCACUGCGGCUUCAGCGUCAUCGUGGGCUGAAGAGCGGCACCUGCCCUGCAUGGAGCCGCUGACCGGGGCCGGACCGGGACCGGGCCGGGCCGGGGGAGCCCGUGGAGCCCGGGGGAGCCGGUCUCCGGUGCCGUGGGGACACGGGGAUGGGCGGCGCACGGUGCCCGGUGGCAGCUUGGGGGUGAGGAGCGGCCGCUGCUCGGGGCCUGGGGGGGGGGGGUCCCUCCCUUGGCUCUGGGCACACGCAGAGCCUGGAAAAAUAAAGGAGCUUUACUCUG